AUGGAUGAUGGCAGCCUUGACGAUGAUGUGGCUGUCAAGGCUGCGGAAGCCUUGGGCUCCCUUGCCUCUUUCAUGGAAGUUGCUGUGGAUCCUCGCCGACCCGAUGCUAGCGCAGCGGACCCCCUGGAGCCAGGGGAGAAGGCCAAGCAGUCUGGCGAGACCCGGGCGGUCUCCAAAGCUUCUGUCAGGGACCUGCGAACCAAGCUCGAGCAGAAGCGAUCUGCCUCCUCCGAGCCGGCUCCUUCCCUGUCAGCCUCUGAGGAGCUGAAGGCCAAGCUGCAGGCAGCAAAGGAGAGGAUGGCCCGGGAGAAAGAGGCUGGCAAACGCCCGCUUCUGUCCCAGAUCCUGUCCCCCGAGCCAAAAGCACCACCGGCUCCAAGCUCACCGACAGAGAAGAAGAGCAAAAAGGACAAAAAGAAGGACAAAGACAAAGACAAAGACCGGAAGAAAGACAAACGAGAAGAAGCAGUACCCAUCCGACAGACCAAGGGCAGACCGAUGCCGAAACAGCAGGCACUGCCUUUGGUCUGCAAAGAAAAGGAGCCAGAGCAGAAGCCGGAAGAAGCCAUGAGCGCCAGCGAGCUUGAGCGAAAGAUUGCGCUCGAGAAGGCCAAGGCCCGGCGCUUGGAGGAGCUUCGGGAGCGCGAGGCGCAGAAGGUCCAGCAGGUGCAUUCGAAAGCCGCCGCGCGAAAGAAGAAGGAGGUCGAGGAUUCCGUGCGCGAUUUGGCCAGGAAGCUCUCGCAGGACAUCCUGGAGAUUUCCGAGACCAUCAACGUCGAGAACAUCAAGCAGGAGGUGAAGCGUGAGGGCCGGGGUCCAGGCCACUUCGGCAACCCACUUGCGCUCGCGCAGAUGAAGGCAGAGGUAAAGCAAGAGACGAAGCAGGAGUCUGGUGGGCUCGGCGUCAAGGGCGAGACGAAGUCAGAGCCGGGUGCCAUCAACCAGGAUGGGGGCCAGAAUUCGAACCCCAUGUCGCACGAGCAGUUCUUGACCAUCAUGUCCCAUCUCAAGCAGAUGCCCACGCCAGAGUCCAUGGCCCUCAGCUCCGGGCAGCCCUCCCGUGAGGACCACGGGACUGCAGCUGAGGAGGAAGCUCAAAACAACCAGCCCAGCGUGUGCACCAUUGGUUGGGAGCCCAACGUGGAGCCCUACGUGAUGAUCAAGAUGCUGGAGAAGUAUCGUGUUGGAUCCAUCGUAGAUGCCCGACCAGCCGAGUACAACACAGACGGCUUUGCGCAGGCCUGUGCAGCUCACGGCUGGACGUACGACCGCCAGCCAGUGCUUUCCAUCCAUCCCUAUGACCUUGGGCCCAUGCAGAUGUUUGCUUACAAUGCGAUUGGCCGCAUUGUCAGUCAAGCACGCGCAUCUGUGAUGUCCGAUCACGACGGGAGCUGCAAGCGUCAGUGCAUCCUCUUUGCGGGCGACCAGCAGUGGAUCUCCGAGUGCAACUGGCACAUACUCCAAAGGCUGCAGGGAUGUUCCAUAGAAGUUGUCCAGAUCAACUUGGACAAGUACUGGGAAGAGGCUGCCGUUCUCGAGGAAGAAACCGAGAAAGGCGGCGUGACAGUCGCCGGGCCAGCUCUCACGCAGGUGGUGGACGAGCUGCGCAGUCAAGUGGGCCUUCCAAAGAUCGGAGACGAGCGCGACAGGCAGCUCAUGGUCACUGCGCGAGCCGGCCUAGAGACCUGGGUGCAGAAAAAGUUUAAGCAAGACUUGCGGCUCAGAGAGAAAUUCCUCCCUCCGGAAGCCACGCUCAAGGAGAAAAUCGAUUGCCUUCGCGAUGCAUGCCCUGAGCUUUCCCGUGUUGUGAGCAUGGCUCACUUCCUUCGCAUGAUCGGCAACAAUAGUGCCCACACAGGUGGUGCAGCUAUCCCGCCGCGCUACCAGCUCGUGCAGCUUGUGCAAAAGCUCACCCACGAGAUCAAGGAGUCGGACGCUCAGACCAAAGCGCACGACGAGGCCGACAAGAAGUGGGAAGCCGCUGAGCCUUUCGCGGCAGUCCUCGCGAAGAUCGCCGGCGAGCCUGCACCUGCCCGUGCACCAGCCAGUGCUCGACUACAGCUUCCUCAGUCGAUGAUCUUGCCCAAAGAUGGCCAACACAAGGCUACGUUAGUGUACUUGCAUCCUUUCGGCGCUGGUAAUGUCCGUUACCUACAGGCCAAAAGCGUCUUUGCGGCGCAGGGUAUACGGCUUGUAUUGCCGCUGGCGCCCAACACCCAAAUCACGGCGUACAAUAAGCGGCCGUGCAUUAGCUGGUUUGACUACUACAAGGGCAGCAAGGAGCUCGAGGCCGACCCGCUGAGCUUGGAGGACAUCCGUGUCCGCCUGUCCCUGACAUUGGAGCGAGAAGCUACCUUGCUUGGGGAAGACGGUCACAAGCGGCUCAUCGUGGGAGGCUUGGCGCAGGGCGCCGAGACAGCACUACACGCCGUGCUGAUGCAUCAUCAGGUCUUAGCUGGUUUUGUUGGGAUUUGUGGCAACCUCCUGCCAUGCACACUGCCAGAAGGUCCAGGUAAGGUGAAGCUCCACUUUUUCGACUACGGGGAAAGGGAUCCGAAGGUUUGGGUGCAUCAGACAAGAGACCCUUUGCUCAAGCACCAUGACCUCACAGAGCACGGCGCCAUUUUUGACAAUGGCGUGGAAGGGCUGCCGAAGGACUUUCGCAAGGGCCACUUGCAAGGGGUUGACCUGUCCAAGAUCGACCACCGGUUGGAGGCGCAAUGUCUCCAAGUUGCCUGCGAGGCCCUUCUGCAGCCCGAGGAGGAAGAGCAGGCAGAGGACCAGCAACUUGCAGCCGAAGUCGAAGCUCCCGACGACACGGCAGACAAGGAAGAGGAGGCGGCAGAACCAGAGAUGGAGCUCACAGACGCAGAUUUGGGAAUCGAGCCAGAGCCAGAGGGCGACGAGAAGGACCCCUUGCUCGUCGAGUUGGGGGAGGUCAUCGAUGAGAAUGCACCCGACCCGGCCCCGGCUGAAGAAGGUGAGGGAGAGGCUGGAGAGGGUGCAGAAGGUGUAGAUGGCACUGGGGGUGAAAAAGGUGAUGGAACAGAAGGAGGCGAAGGAGGAGAGGUUGUGGAAGAGGUGGAGAUGGAGCUAACAGACGCAGACCUUGGGAUUGAAGCACCCUUAGAUGAAGAAGAUGAAGAUUACGAUCCCUUGAAGGAGUUGCCAGCUGCCGAAACCCUGGAAGGCGGAGACAUGGUGCUUACUGAUGCGGACCUCGGCAUCGAAGCUCCCAUCGAGGAAGGCGAAGAAAUGGUGCUCACCCCAGCAGACCUUGGCAUUGAAGCGCCUCUGCCAGAUGAGGAAGAUGUGGUUGUCUUGAUGAAAGCCACGGCAAAGGUCAUGCCCUCUCGAAAGCGACCGCGCGAGGAAGAGGACUUCACGGCAGAGGUGAAGCAGGAGCUCGAAGACGAAGAGGAAGCAGAAGUAGAAGUGGAAUCCACGCCGGACGAGGAGAUGCCGCCUGCGGAGAUGGCAGCAGCAGUGUCGACAGGUGAGGUGCGGAGUGAAGCAAGCGAAGAGGUGCCAGCGGAGCUUGCACACACUGAUGCGCCGGUGGCGGAGGCGCCUGGCGAGGAGGUGCCUGCCGAGCAGGCGCCUGCCAAGGCAGCUGACGCCGUGCCUGCCGAGGCCAUGCCAGCCGAGGCCACGCCUGCCGCCGAGGCACCUGCCCAGGCGCCAGAAGCCAAAGAAGCCAAAGAAGCCAAGCCAGAAGUGGAGGGGGAAGCGCAAGACGCGCAAGAGCCCGACAAGGCGCCAGAGGCGCCGGAUCGAAGGGAGUCAGACUGCGCCGAGGAGCUGGACAUGGCUUGCCGAUUGAAAGUCAAGCGAUACCUCGCCCAGUUCGCCAAAAGAGCCGUCAUGCUCGCGCGUGACCAGAAGAGGACGGACCUGAUGAUCUCAGCUCUCUGCACCGUCUCCCAGUCGCAGCUCCUUUCUGGUGAGAAGCAUGCCAGCUCCCUCAGUUGA